CGGUCAGGCUAUCUACAGAUAUCUCUGUGGGUCACGUGCCUAGUCACGUGCAUAGAUCACGGGCUGGCACCGUGACAGUACUCCCCCCCUCAAGGCCGAGCUCCGUCGAGGCUAGGCCCAGGCUUAUGGGGAUAGCGGCGAUGAUAGUUGGCAAUAAUCUCUCGGGCAUGCUCCAGGAUGUAUUCUCAUGCUGGCGGGCAGUGGUCCUAGAUUCUUCCAAUCAAGCUUCUUCUGGGGCCGUAGGGUUCGGAUAUUGCGGGAAUCCAGCCAUAUGUACUGGCCAACUUGAUAAUGAUAGGCAGGCCGUCUCUUCUGGUUAGCUUGUUCCUCAUGGCGAGCCUGGGCAGAUGUGAU